AUGGAACCGUCGGGGCGCCGUGGUACUCCGGAGGAGGACCUACAGAGCCAUCAUGGGGUUGAGAGCCACCACGUUGCUGAGGGCCACCUCGAGAAGGGCCUGAUGAUUGGCCCCUCGCAGAACCUCCGCCUCGUCCGCUUUUUUCGGUACUGGGAGAUCUCUGUGGACUACGAGAUCGGGGAGGAGCAUCACUAG